UUUUAAAAGUUUUGCUUCACUGAUGUAUGUACUUCUGUUGAAGUUGACAUAUCACAACUAUGACUAUAGGGUUGUUCAUGCUGUCCACUGUGCCACGUUGUGGUCGUCUUACCUUUUUAUCCGCGUACAAUGUAAUUUUCUGGGAACCAAAUGCAUACCUCUGAUCUUUCUGUGUUACCCACUGUUGUAGACUUAAAGAAAAAUGUUUAAAGUUAAUGGAAUUCAACGGACACGCGCGUGAUGCAACAUAUUUUCGUAUGGUGCAUGGCAGUCGAUGUAUUCUUAAACCAAACAUUACUUUUGUCAAAUCUCAAAUUCACCAGUGAGUUUUUUUUCUUUCUUCAUAGUCAGCUAAAUCACUCAACUCUUUACAGUAUACAAUAUAAAACACUAGGUAUAACAAAUUACGACAGAAUUCUGAAAUAGACAUAGUAUAUAUUUAUAGAAUUCAGUAAUGAGGGGUGUCAGAGGUGUAUGUAUUGCUAUGUAACUUUUACCCGUUAUCUAAUUCUUAUCGAAAUAAUUAUACUUUGCAGGCAAUCGAUAAAACUUCUCCUUUAAGAAAUGUUUAUGAGCUGGUUUCGAUUGAUUGGUCUAGAGGUUCAUCAAUAACAAUAAAGUACUAGGCGAGCAGGAAAAAGCACUUCCUGUGUAGGUCACCUCAACUUGCUUAAAUCCCUUUAAGCCCGCCUUUGCACACUAGUGAUUGGAUAAAAGGACAAAGUCCGUUCGGUGAAUGGUUAAUUUCUAUGUUAUCAGAACGAGUGCCGUUCGCCUUAAACAUAACAAAUUGACUUUCUUUUAACCCCACCUUCUCUACCACUCCAUUGGUUAGUUUUCGGAAUAUUUUUUUCUGAUUGGAUGUUGGCGUUUACCAUUGGCGUCAGCUAAGGUAGGUUGUGUAAAGAGUUGCUUGCCUAUUAAAAGUAAAAGUUUUUUUUUUGGCAGAGACGAGUGAAGGUGCAAAUGCACUCGGUCAGGAAUGUUGACUUCAGCCAAUAGACGUAUGCUUUUUCUUAUUUGGGAGUUGAUUUUUAUUGAGUUCAGAGUUAGCGCGUCGCGUAAAUGGCACAGGUGCAUACUCCUGUGAUGCCAGGCUUUCUGUUUCACAGGUAUGCUGUGAAGAGAAUGCUGACUGACCUGCGAGAUUCAGUGAGCAUCUCCCCAAUAGAUGUUACUGCUAUUGGUACAAGUUGAGCAAUUUGGAAUAAACUUUUUGUUAUCCUGGAUUCACAGUCAGACUUAGGGGGUGAGAAUGCCUGAGAUGACAGAAAAUCAUACGCCAGCAUCUAAGUCUCACAGGAAAAAAAACAGAGAAACACACAAUGCAGUUGAGAGACAUCGAAAGAAGAAAAUCAAUGCAGGAAUUACCCGCAUUGGAGAACUUAUUCCUUGCUCCCCAGCUUUAAAGCAGAGCAAGAACAUGAUUUUGGACCAAGCUUUUAAUUAUAUAACUUACUUAAAGAGACAGAAUGAUGAGCUCUUAUUUAAUGGGGGUAACAAGGAGCAAGCUGAGGAGAUCAAAAAACUCAGAAAGCAGAGGGAGGAACUGCGGAAAGAAAAUGCACACUACAUUGAAUUAUUGAAAGCAAAUGGUAUUAACUUCCUAGAUGACCCCACUGUGCACUGGAAAAGAAAAAUUAAGCGUGCCAAAGUGGCAAUGGUAAGCCCUGCACACCAAGUGCAAGAAAGCAUCAUUGUCUAUCCAAACAGCAGCAGGGUCAACACAAAUGCUCAAGAACUGCCUGUGCAGAACAUUGGAUUUAAUAUUGGCCACAGUGUACCAAAGCAGCCAGAAGCCUCUACACCUUCAUCAAGCACUUGUAGUGUCUUUCCAGGAAGUCUUCCUAAAGUGUGUUGGACUGGAACCUUGCUUCAGAAAUCAAAUACACAGGAUGUACCAUGUACCAGGACUUUCAGUAUAGCUUCUGGUGGGCAAUUAUCUCCCACAGCUGUACAGAAUGCUCAACAAUUGCCUGUAACUGUUUCUUGCACAAAUGUUCAAAAUUCCAUUUUGGGCACUUUGGUUCAGAGUGAGCCCAGCAUAUCAACCAACAGUAGUAACCCAGCUCAGACUAAAACUCAACCACCCAUUCCGGCAUCUGGUAGCACUUUAAAGGUUAUAUCCAUUCAACCUCAGCAAGGAAGCCUCCCUUUUUUUCAGGAAAAUUGUCCAACACCCCAGGAGAAAGUAAUGCAACCCAUUUUAAAAGUUUUGCCCUUGAGAACUUCUGUUUGUACUGUUCCAGUUGAGAGUCCAGCUCAGGUCACCAUGUCUGCCUGCACUCUUCCUUACUUCAGUACUACUUCAUCUUUUUCCUCUCCUUCUGCUCUAAACAAAGAUCCCAAUAAUGUGGUUGCCUUGAAUAGGAUGAUCUCUUCUGCCAACACACAGACCACGUGGACUACACUGCAUCUAGCAGGUAAUACUGUACAGCCCUUGAAUCACAUGUCUUCUGGUAUUUUGCCAACUUCAGGCAAUGAAACUACCAACACAGCAACAGGAAACAACAAGACAGUACUUAAUGGAAAUUAUGUUGCUACCCCUGAGUGUUCUACUGCAAGUCAGCGGACAAGCAUACAGACUACUGCUGCUUCAUUACCAACGGUACAGCCUCUGCCCAUACAGUCAGUGUUGCCACAGCCCCAGGCUGCUGUCUUGUCCCUUGUUCAGGGAAUGCAAGUUGUUCAAGUGACUAACUCUGUUAAUACUACUGUCUCCCAACCUGUAAAUAAUCCAAAUGUGGUCAUUCUUCAGCCAGCUAAUGGUGGUUCAGCACCAGCAAUUGUCAGGGAAGCUGUAUCUAAUCAAACUCCCUGUCCGCAAAUAGUAAUCAUUCAAGCUGCAAAUCCUAACCCAGUCCUUUCAACCCCACUUUCUAAUAUCUCGCCUGCUUCUGUGCCAUUUGUUAACCCAGUGGUUACUUCUUGCAGCUUGGCCCAGACCUCCUCUGUCCAGACUGUAGGGGGUAAGCAACUUGUGUACAUUUUGCCUCGGCCAUUAGGAGCUGCUGGAGCACAAACAUUAUCACAAAACCAGACCAUUUCAGUCAAUGGGCAGAUGUUUGCCUUGCAGCCUUUAAAGCCUUCUCAUGGGAUAUCUAAUCAUGUGCAGUUUAUUCAGCCUACAACUUGUGAGGAUCCAAAGACCAAUGUUGCCCUCAACACUUUUGGAGCCAUUUCCAAUCUAAAUCAAAGCAUUUUACAGAUGGUCAGCCAUAAUACCACCACUGCCCAAACCAGUAACUCAUCCUCAAGCAGCCUAGUUGUCACUGGCAUGCCACCCAGUUGUAACAUUUCAGUUAGCAAUACCACAGGAACUUUAAGCAUAUGCCCUAAAAGUAAUGCUAAAAAAAAUUCUGUGAAACACAGUUCACCCAAGAUAAAAAAGACUUCAUCAAAGAAAAUGGUUUCUUCUAAAAAUCCCCUUCCCAAGCAGACAUCUUCAUCACCAACGGCGCCAGAUGUAACAGCUCAGCCAUCUAUGGAGACACAGCUGCAGAUAAUAAAAGUGUCCACUUCCUUGUCUCCAGAUCAUUUAACACCUUCUUCACAAGCUUUUACAUUCACAUCAGGAUCAUCCCCAGUGCCUGUGACCUCUUCUGAACAGUCUCAUCUUGUGCCAGACACCACUGAGGAGCAUGCAGCUCCAAAUGUGAACUCUUUAAACCAAAAAUCAUCAUCUUGUUCCCAUACUACAGAGACCAUCACAGAAAUGCAGUCACAUAUUUAUGCACCAGCAUUGUGUGAGCAAGAAUCUACAUCUGCUGUGCCUGCAGCCUUGUGUCAGAAAAGCCAUGAACCAAGUGUUUCCACAAAUUCUAGUGCCAGUUCAGCCCCUGCAUCUUUGUCGUGCAUGAUAACCAGCAUUUCUGAGUUAUCUCCUCAAGUUUCUGUAUCUUGUGUAAAUGCUCCGUUAUCAGCUGUCACAUGUGAAUCAAGUGUGGUUGGUAAUCCUAGCAAUGGGCCAAUUGUAGUUAGCAGACCUGAAGUCUCAGCAGCACCUCUUCCUGCACCAGAUCCUCAGAUGCUCACAACUGAGUCCUCUGCCUUAACAGAAGCUCCAAGUAAAGCGAUUUCACAAACCCCAGAGCAUGUGGAAACUUCAUUCAAAAUGAAAGACAAAACAUUAGCUCAGCAAUUCAGCUCAGAAACAGAUGGAAGUUAUUCCUUGUCCAAAGAACAUAAUUCUGACAUUACAACUGAUAAACAGGACCAUAACCAAGACAUUUUAUUGAUACAUUCAAAGGAAAAUGUGUCUGAGCAGCAGGUAUGCACUUUGGACCAUGAAGCUGUUGGAAGUUCUUUGCUCAUAAAUCGUCAAUCAGACUCCCCCAUGUCUACUGGUUCUGGAAGUAGCCGUAGUUUUUCUGUGGCAUCAAUGCUUCCUAGCACCAGCAGAGAAGAUGUUACCUGUGUUGGCUCAUCCACAAGUGCAUAUAGCAGCUUUCCAUUUUCCGAACAAGCAGACAUCUUGGCUCUUGCUACCACUGCAAUUUUUUGUCAAGAAAAUCCAAAUAGGAAGGAUACAGGUAAUGUGACUUUGAGCAGAGAGGGCCCUAGAGCCCAGCACAGCAAAUUAAGACAUGGCAGCCAACCACCUAAGACAGUGCAGGAAAUACAAGAGAAUAUUCCAAAGCCACCUGAAGCACAGACAGCUCGACAUCUUCCACAAAUUCAGUUAACCAAUGACAAGUCAAUUGAAUCUGUUAACAACAAUUCCUCUGGGGCAAACUUGGCUCCUCAUACUUCAAAUUCAGAAGACAGCCUUAGUGUUAGUAAUCUAAUACAUCAUAGCACUCUGGCACAGUCUUACAUGGUUCAGCCAACUGGUCAGACAGCCAUUCCCUCUGUUAAUUUACCAAGGCCAUCGUCUAGUUCUUUUACAAAUCAAUGUCCCGGACCAACACAUGUGGUUGGAUAUUCUCAUAAGAACCUUGGCAUUCGAGGCCAGGCAGCUCAUAAUUUAAUUCUGAAACAGAAUAGUGAACAUCACAAGGAAGCAAAUAAGCGUUCCCCUCAAGAUGAUCUCCUGCCUGCUAGCAAGAGGCAAAAGCCAUGCCAGGUCAAAUUGGUAUUGGACAGAGCAGUGGAAAAUAUUCCUGAACAUUCUCAGUUGAUGGUCAACCAACAGUCCUCUAGUUCUACAACUUCAGUUAACAAUAACCAUACACAUCCAGAUGGACUCAAUUCAUUUAUCCUUGCAAACAGUUUUAUGAAUUCUGCGCUGAGGCAGUCAGAUGUCCACUGUGUACCCCAAGCUUCGGUUCAGGACCCCCAGCAGAGUCAGCAAACUGCUGGACAACAUAUACAACAGCAGCAUCCUCCACAUAUAGGGGUGCAAGCACCACUCCAUCUGCAUAACAAUAAUCUAUACCAACAGCCAGAACAACAGCAGCAAAUGCAAGGCCAAAUCAGGGAAAGGCAUCACAUGUACCAGCUACAACAGCAUCUUGCUCAGUCAGAUGGUCAGUCAGUCUCGCAACAGCAGCAGCAUCAUAGUCUUCAUCAACAGAGAACCAUGUCACAGGAGGUUCAGAUGCAGAAGAAGAGAGGGCUUGUUCAGGCAAGUCAGGCAGUUCCACCACUUUCCUUACAAACUAAGCAACACCACUCUGGUCAGAACGAACAGAGUCUUCAACAGAAAACUGUGGGACAGCAACCACAACAUUCCCACCAUCCACAACUCCACCAGCAGAUACAACAGCAGCAUUUUACCAGUGUUCUUCAGGAAAAGAGUUGUGAGAACCCCUCCACAAGCAGGAGCCAUCAUUCUGCUCACCCUCAAAAUCAUCUCACGCAGGACAUGCUUCACCAACAACGACAACAGCAGCAGCCAGAUGGUAGCAGUGCCCCAGCACAGAGUCAGAUGCAGAGACUCAUGACCUCUCACACUGUAGAUCAACAGAUGACAUCACAACCAAGUACUGUAUCCCGAUCUUCUGAAAUUUCUUGUGCUCCACCCAGGCAAGAACGUAACCGGAUAUCAAGUUAUUCUGCUGAAGCCCUUAUUGGUAAAUCUACCUCAUCUACGGAUCAGAGAAUGGGUAUGUCUAUUCAAGGGCCUCGUACAAAUCAGGAGCAGUCUGAUAUGAGAUCAUAUAUUGAUGCUUCUAGAAAUAAAGGCAUAGUGCACAAUAUUCAGAAUCGGAUAUCGGUGGAACACACAGUAGCACCUGACAUCCAGCGUGUCAAUGAAUGUGCAUCUUUCAAGACCAUUGGCACAAGUCAGCAUCAGCUGGGUUCCUUUGAGGUACAGGCUUCACGCAAUAGUGAGAUGGUAGUAAAAACUGUGUCUUCACACAACAGAGGUGCCCAGUCACAAAGCUUUAGAAUAAGUCAAGUGGCAGCCAUAGAAAGGCAGCAAAGAGUGCCUUACCAGUCUGCUCAGGGCCUCCAGGCAGGAGGUGGCAUUCCUGCAAGGGAAAAUGAGAAUUCGUGCCAUCAGAGCUUCAUGCAGAGUCUGUUGUCCCCUCACCUUGCAGAACAGAUAAGUGCAAAUCAGAGAAUUUCUGAUCACCAGAGGAAUUCCCAGUGCUGCCCACCAGUUAGUAUGGAGUAUACCUGUCCACCAGCAAGGGAAACAAGCCAUCUUAGAAGAGAGAAUGACAGUCAGAACAGAGAAAGUUGUGAGAUGCCUUUAAGUGCUGUUAGUUCCAGGAACAACUCCAUAAGUAUUUCUUUUUCUAGCUCUUCAACAACUGGAGAAAUACAAGGCAAAAAUACAAGUCCUAAUGUAGCAGCUCAGAAGCCCAGCUCCAUGCGAAUUAAUGAUAGCCAAGGAAACAAAGGACAUCUAAACCAGCAAGUCGGCAGUAAUAUGCAUGUCACCACUGUGAGGCCUGUUCUGUCACAUUCAGCUGUCUCCCAUGGGGGCUCCGAGCAGGGCCCUUCCGAUACUCGACCACUAAACUCUUCUGUGGGCCACCGUUCCCGGCACCCUGCACAAGACAACCAAAGCCCCAAAAUACGUCCCACUGAAAGAACCAGAUCUGCUAACCAGAGGCAAGGAAACACAUUUGAUUCUAACCAUCUUCCUUUGCCCUCUGGUGGCAGUAUGAUUUUGGGCCGCCAGCAAACCGCUGCAGAGAGGAGAGGCAGCAUUGUGCGAUUCAUGGCGGAUAGCUCUCAAGUGUCAGCAGACAAUUUAGCAACUGACCAGCACACUUUUGGCUUUCCCUUUAUUCCUGAAGGUGGGAUGAAUGCCCCGAUCAAUGCUAAUGCCUCUUUUAUCCCUCCAGUAACACAGUCAGGCUCAACUCGAACCCCAGCUAUCAUACCAGUGGAACCCCAGAACACUCUCCCAUCAUUUUACCCACCGUACUCUCCAGCAGCUCACCCCAGUCUUUCCAAUGAUAUCUCUCUUCCUUACUUCUCCAACCAAAUGUUCACCAGUCCUAGUACAGAAAAGGCCAAUACUGGAACUCUUAAUAACCGUUUCAGUUCAAUUUUGUCACCCCCUCGCCCUGUUGGCUUCGCACAGCCUAGUUUUCCUUUACUGCCAGAUAUGCCCCCCAUGCCAAUGGCCAACGCCUCUGGCAUCACGCCCCAUCUCUCUAAUUUUAACUUGACUUCCCUUUUUCCAGAAAUUGCAACUGCCUUACCACCAGAUGGCUCCACAAUGCCCAUGUCCCCUUUAUUGUCACUGACAAAUGCUGCAUCUUCUGACACAACAAAACAAUCCACCAAUCGACCUGCACACAAUAUAAGCCAUAUUUUGGGCCAUGAUGGGAGUUCAGCUGUGUGACAGGAGCUGCUACAUUUUUUUUCAAUUGUGUCUUAACUACACUUAACAACUAGAAUUGUUAUGUUAUAUGGACUUACCCUACACAAAGUAAGUUAUUUUUUAAAUGCUUUUGAAAAAGUGUUUUAAGUAGACAGUGGUAAUAGAGAAGCGUUCUGUUUCUAGCUCUUCACUUUCUUACUGAGGUACACUUUUUUUGUUUGUCACUGUAAAUGUCCUGUUUCUUUGGUGUCUAAUAAUGUGUUUGCACUUGAGCCAGCAAAUCCAUUCUGUCUGAAGUUGUGACUUUACGUUGGGUACAUCUGAACUUUAGUUCAUGCACUAGAGCCGUAGGAUGUAAUUAGCCAUUGCUACAUUUUUGAACACCCUCAUACAUGAACAUUUUUCAGCAUUGUCCAAAUUUAAUUAAAUGACACGUACAAAAAUCAUUUGGUACUUCUGGGGAAAAAAAAAUGAAUGAAAUGCUUUUAUUUUCUUCUCGCCCCAGAUUUAUCUCUGUGCAUUGAAUAUUUGUUGAAUCAUUCAUAUGUGAUUUGAAGAAUAUUUAAAUUAGGUUAAUGAAAUGCACAUUUUUGCAUUUUUAUUAAAACAUUACAGUACUUUAGUCUCAAAUACCAUUUUCUCUCAAGGUGAUUAUUAUUACAUUUCGCUUGUAGUGGAGUUGAUUAACUCCACUGGUAACUUUGUGCAGAUGGCUCAGGCAGAUACCGCUCAGGUCAUUUUAAACACUGUUCAAGAACUACCAAGUCAUUACUGUGCAGUUAUUGGAGUUGACAGGGAAGUGUAGUUGGUGGUAUUGUCAUCUCUGAGACCGAGAAGACCUCAUCACAGGACCUGUUUAAAAUUUCUGUUGCACUUUGGGCUUUGGAAGCCCAAAAUCUCUUGAGAAAAUGUGCCAUUUCAUUCAUCCUGCAUUGUGAACGUAUUAUUUAUUGGUGAAAUGUAAUAUUGGAAGGCAUACAUGCAUACUCCAGUCUAUUUAGAUCCCAUUCUGUGCAUUGGAUUGAAUUCUUUAGUAUCAUUUACUGGACAAGAAUUAUCCAAGAAGCGAGAAUGCAGCGCUUCCUUAAACGAUUUAACCUUGUGGGUAUCAUUUUAAUGUACUGGCUAAGUAGUUUCUGCCCCAUGUCCCAGCAGAAUGACGAAUUCUGAGAAUGAAGGAUUUAUUGUUAUUCCCAUCCCUUCUGAAGGUUUCUCCAAAUUAUAAAGGCUAGCGUUCUGUUUGUGUUUCAUGACAUGGUUUCUUUCACAGUCGUAAUCCUCAGUAAGGGAAGAUGGCUGAAAUCACUGGGCACUAACACAUCCAAGCAAAUGCGACAACACUCUGCGCACUCUGCUCAUGCUUUCGAUUCAACUUAUUGAAAUUUUUUUAUGUCUUUUUUUUAAUUACUUGAGCAUCAGUUUUCUUUCAAACUAUGAAUUAUUUAACACCAAAUGUUUAAAGAAAUUUAGAAGGCUCAGUGUUUGACUCCCAUUGCUUCUUUCAUGUUUUUUAUCAUUGUUGUUUGUUUUUUUUUCCAGUCAGUGAGACCUUGAUGUCAUUGUCCCUGAACUCUUAGUUGCACUUAACAGUUUUCAUGAAUACAUUUGUAACCGUUAUAUACACACACACACACACACACACACACUUUUUAUCUGACAGGUUUAGCGUUCAUCAAAAGAAAUCCAGUUUGAGUUAUGAGUGGUUACUGUUUGCAUUAUAAGUGCUCGGUGUUGACGAUGGGCAACAGAUAACAGAAAUGACUCUCCACUGAACGAGAUCAGGAAAAAGGAAAGGGAGACUGUAAAGUAAAAUAGUACUUUGUACGUUGCCAUCAUGAUUUUCAUCUAGUGACUAAAUCCGAAUGUAAUUACGUACUGAUCAGAGCUAGUGAAGAUGGUCGACAGGAAAUUGUUUUGAGUAAUUUUACUCUCUUAAAUUUGAUUUCUGUUUGUGUUUUCUUAUUCCAUUGUUAAUUGCACUUUCUACUUCGGAGCCAGAAACAUUUUUCCCAUAGCCUUAACUUGUAUAAAUAGUCAAAAAUGGGAUCAUUUUAUGGUGGUGAACCUAAUGCCUCUGUGUCCCUACCAUCAGGUGCCAGGCUUAGCUUGGUUCCCAUUUCACUUUUGGUACUUUUUUUUUCUAAACCGUGGGGUUUCCUGACCUGCUUAGUUUGUUCCUUACGUACGUAUAGAGUCCAUCCUGGCUGAGAAAAUAUCUAAAGCUUGGUGAUUUUUUUUUUUUUGUCACUUGAUAGGUUUCGGCAGUUGUGUCUGCACUCUGCAGUUUCAUUGCUCCAUGCUUGAUUUCAAAGAGCUCAGUUUAGUUGGUUGAAUUUGUUUUGUUUUAUGUGGUAGUAGCCAUUGUGUAAAAAUGGGGUCCUGAGAGCACUGCCUUGGACCGUGUCCAGGCCUUAUAAAAACGAUUUAUUUAUCCUCUUGGAAGUUUUUACACUUUUAUUAUUAUGCAGCGUUGAAUCACAGCGGAUUUAAUUUGGCAUUUUGACAGUGAAUAGCAGAAAAGCACUCCUUAAUGUCAAAGUGAAACCCGAUCUGGAUAAUAAUGUAAAUUAAUUACCAAUACAAAAUCUAAAGUAAUUGCAUAAUUAUUCACUCAAGUCGCUGUUGAGCCACAUUUCCAGCUUGGCGUCUCUGUUCACAGGUCUGUCUCUCUCUGUCAUCAGUUUUGCACUUUCUUCUUUGCUAAACUCCUCAAGUUGUGAGACGUUGCAUGGCGAUUGUGAAUGAGCAGCCUUUCUCAAGUCUGGUCACAAAUUCUCAGUUGGAUUGAGAGCUGGACGGUGACUCGACCACUCCAGGGCGUCAACAUUAAGCCAUUCCUGUCUAGCUUUGGCAUGCUGCUUGGAGACGUUAGCUUGCUAGAAAAAAAAAAAAAGGCCGUGGGUUGGUUUCAUACUUCAUCAGGUUUUCCUCCAGGAUGCUCCUGUAUUUGUUUAACCCUCUACACUUAAUAGCCUUCCGGGCUCUGCUGCAAAGGAGCAUCCCGACCGCAUGACACUGGCACUGCUAUGCCUCAUAAAGGGGGCGUUUUUGAUAAUGGCCACUUAGUCUGGCGGCCAAAAUGCUCCUCCUUCUGGCAGACGCCGGUGUCUCCCGUGUGUGUUUUAACAGUGGCUUUAUCAUUCGUAAAGCUGUGACGUGCGAAACACUCGGGUAACAGUUAGUUGCUGUAUGCACAGCCUGUCCAGUCUCCAGCACUGUAGCUUGUAACUCCAUUAGUGUUAUCACAGGUUUAUUGGUGACCUCCAGUGCUGGUUGUCUUUUUACACAGUCACUCAGUUUGUGUCGAUGGCCUGCAGUUACAGCUCUGCCACACGUGUUCCCAUUUCUUAAUGAUUAACUGGAUUUCAAGGAAUACUCGGUGACUUGGAUAUUCUUAUCUCCAUCCCUGACUUGUACUUUGCAGGUUGCUUGGAGUGUUCUUUUGAUGUUAGGCCACCAUACUGAUGUUGAACCCUCCAGAUAAGGUGCACUUAUGUUACAGUCAGCUGACUGUGGUCUCCAUUGAACGAAUUACGUGACUUUUAAAACCACUUGGCUGCAGCAGUGAUGAUCUGUUAAAGGGAGUGAAUACGUAUGCAGUCAGUUAUUUGCCGUUUUAUAUUUGUAAUCAGUUUAGACCACUUUGUUUCCAGUUUGAAAUUACAUCGCCAUCCUUUGUCGAGUAGUGUCUAAAAGCCAAAUGAAAUGCUUUGCGAUUCAAUGAUGUAUGACAGUGACAAUGAAAUGUGAAAUCGUGCAAGGGGCUGAGUGCUUUUUAUAGGCAAUGUAUAGGUGAACAUUUCAAAAAAGGAAGAAGAAAUGAGCACAGCCUGAAACGGAACCAAGAAAAAAUGAGUUUUUCAAAUGUAAAAAGAACAUUUACUACUUGUGGUCAUUUUGUGUAGUCAAUGCCCAAGAAAAGCAUCCUAAGGUUUCUUGCUUGUAAUGGGAUAACCCCUGAAACUGCAGUCGGCCUCACUGUGGGGUUCCCAGUGGCGGUGGAAGUCUGUGUCCCAAGAGGUAUUUUAUUAUUAAAGUUUAUUAUUAUUAUGAGUUUAGUAUGACAGAAUUAUGUAAAGUGUAUACCCUGUGGGCGUUUUCUUUCUUUCUUUUUUUUUUUAAAGACUUGGUACUUUCAACAACUUGGCUCUAUUAUUCAUCUAAGUCAGGGGUGUCAAGCUGCAGUCCUGGUGGGCUGCAGUGGCUGCAGGUUUUCAUUCUAACCCUUUGCCUAAUCAGUGAUCAGUUUUCACU